GUUGUCGUCCACAACCAUGAUGACAUUAGGGACGCCGUAUUCCUCAGGAGGCUCGAUGAUGAAGUUCCAAACUUCUGAUGAGAAAAAGGGAGAAGAUGAUCUCCAGGUUCCUGCUGCUCAUGGCGCUGAGCUGCUGUGACUGUGGAACAUUAGUAGUGAAUGUGGCUCACACCUAUCAGGCAGAGGAGAACCAGGACGUCACACUGGAGUGGAGCUUCACACCCAAACCUGACAGCUCAACACAACUUUGCUCUGUCUUCUGUGACAUGUUCACUGAUCACAAUCACAAACACCCAAUCCUGUUUCAUUUCCAUGAAGGAGUCGAGGUCCCACUGAAGGAUGAAGAGUUUUCAGGACGAGUCCAGUGUGACAAAGACGUCCUCAGAGAGGGACGAAUCAGACUUCAUGUGUCCUCACUCAGGACUGAAGACUCAGGCUGGUACAGGUGUGAAGUGUUCACUAACUCUGGUUCCAGCUGGGCCCGAUGUCAUCUCACUGUGACUGCUGUUCAUGAGCCUGAAGAUCAGAGACCAACAGAGAGACCAGAACCAGGAGAUCAGAGACCACCAGAGAGACCAGAACCAGAAGCAGGAGAUCAGAGUAGGGGAAGGAUCGGCCUCUAUGUUGGACUGACAGCAGCAUUAUUACUGACUGUCUGUGCCUUCAGUCUGUGUGUCAUUAAAUCUGAUCCUAACAACAGAAACAUGUUGCAUAGCCUCAGAGAGCACCUCAGACAUCCCAUCAGGACCUCUUAAGAGUCUGAAGACCUGAGCGUGAACUAAGGAUGUCUUCGUUUCACUCGUGAUGUAAACUUUGUUACAGAAGAAGAAAAUAAUGUUGGUGUAAGUGAACCUUUCAUUGUUCCAUGUUGAAGGUUUGAGGUCCAACAUGGAACAGGGACCGCUGUGGCUCAGAGGUGGAGCGGGUCAUCCUCUAACUGGUCCGGUGGUUUGGUCCCCAUCUCCUACAGUCCAUGCUUUCUAAAGCAGCCCCUCAGAGAAACGUUGUCUACGUGAUCUCAUCAGUGGACGUUUUCAUAGACGUUACUUCAGCAUCAAACUUCUCCUCCAUCUCCUGCGGCUGUUUUGGAACAAUAAGAAGGGACUACGUUUCUUCAACACUGAACAUUGCAGCACCUCUCCUCUCCUCCUGAUGGGACUUGGUGAUGCAUUCACUUGGGCUCGUAAAUUAGACUUUUGGUUUUGAAAAUGUUCAUAGUCAUAAAUGUUGUGUUGUAGAGCAUGUUUUACCCUGGUAGAUCUACAGAUCUAAUCAGGUCCAGAGUUUAUUGAGUCUGUUGGUAAAAGUCUCAGCUCUCCAUCAGGUGUCAUUCAAACCCAGACUGUAGUUUUAUACAGUUAAAAUUAUCUGCUGUCAAAAUGCACUGUUUGUAAAGUCUUCAUGCUGUAAAUAAAGUUAUAUUUUUUCUGA